GAGCGGUUGGCCGCGAUGCGUUCUGAUUCGCUGGUGCCCGGCACGCACACGCCCCCCAUCCGCCGGAGGAGCAAGUUUGCCAACCUGGGCCGUCUGUUCAAACCCUGGAAAUGGAGGAAGAAGAAGAGUGAGAAGUUCAAGCAGACGUCUGCAGUGCUGGAGAGGAAGAUGUCCACGCGUCAGAGCCGGGAGGAGCUGAUCAAGAAAGGAGUUCUGAUGGAGGUUUAUGAGAAAGGUCGGACGUCUCCCUCCAUACGAGAGGAGGAGCAGAUGGAGAACGGUCGCUCCCCGGAGCUGUCGGAGUCUGAAGGGACGGAGCAGAUGGACGGAGCCUCAGCUGAAGGUUCCCUGGACUUUCCGAUGGCCAAUGACGGUGCGUGUCCACAGGACCACGCCCAGAAACCCAGCCAGGCUCCGCCCACUAAGAAGUCGGCUGUGUGUCAUGCUAACGGCGCCGAGUCGCCGCUCUGCAGACCGCUACACAAACAACCUCCUGUGCCGCCGCCCAAACCCUUCACCAGGCUGCCCAAUCACCUCACAGGUGAUCACAUGACCGGUGCUCCUUCACACGUCACUCGACCCUCACGCACUCGUCUGACCCUCUCUCUUCCUCCCUCUGCUGCAGACGGCGCCCCGGUCAAGCUGCCAUGUAUGUCGGGGAAGUUGUCUUCUCCUCCUCUACCUCCAAAGAAGCUCAUGAUCUCCGUGCCGGCCGGGAGCAUGGAGCCGUCCUCACUCGCCUUCCAGAAGUGCCCCGCCCCUCACGGCCACACGGCGCUGGGGGGGCACUCGCUGCAGUACGGGACGCUGCCCGCCGCUCUGCACCCCCCCCGUCGCAUCAUCGAGGAGCUCAACAAGACGCUGGCGCUCACCAUGCAGAGGUUUGAGAGCUCCCUGAUGCACACUGCCCCCACGAUGAUGAACGAGUGCGACAGCGAUAAAGAGAACCUCCCAAACGAGACGGACUACGAGGAGCUGCCGGGGAUGUACAAGGACGAGGAGGACGAGGACGAGGAAGAAGAAGAAGAUGAUGAAGAGGAGGAGGAGGAUGAAGAUGACGAGGAAGACGAGGAUGAGUCAAUGUUUACAAGCGCGCUCGCCAUGAAGGUUUUACGAAAGGACUCGCUGGCCAUCAAGCUGGGAAACCGCCCGUCCAAGAGGGAGCUGGAGGAGAAGAACAUCCUGCCGCUGCAGUCCGACCAGGAGAGGAUCCACUUCCGCCAGCAGACGGCCACCAAACUGACCAGGCGGUUGAGUCAGAGGCCGACGGUCGAGGAGCUGGAGCAGAGAAACAUCCUCAAACCUCGAAAUGAUCUGGAGGAGCAGGAGGAGAAGAGAGAGAUCAAGAGACACUUGUCCAAGAAGCUCAGCCAGAGGCCGACAGUCGAGGAGCUGAGAGAAGCAAAGAUCCUCAUUCGCUUCAGUGACUACGUGGAGGUCGCCGAGGCUCAGGACUACGACCGGAGAGCCGACAAGCCGUGGACCCGGCUCACCGCUGCUGAUAAGGCUGCCAUUAGAAAAGAGUUAAACGAGUUCAAAAGCACAGAGAUGGAGGUGCACGAGUCGAGCAGACAUCUGACCAGGUUUCACCGACCUUGAACCGGCCCAGUCGACCUCAGCCACGUCUUUCCAGCUCACACAGCUUCUCGCUGCCCUCGUGCUGAUGCCUGCGACCUUCUCCAGCCACAGAGUCAAACUGACGGGACUCAACACAACAGGAGUUUGAGGCGUCGCAGGAAAUGGACAAAACAAGACUUUCUGGAGAGUUUGUCUUUUGGCUGACGUCUCCUCUCGGUGGAGAUUUUACAGACCUCUUGAUAUUCAAAGGCUUCUAACUGUAAUUUUUUUUAUGAUGAAGAGAUGGAGACACGUUUACUUUGCAGCACUUUGGUUUUUGAACAAAACCUCCGGAGGUCAAACUGAAUCUGUGCCAAUGUCAAGGAUGUGAACAGUCGCAGGACUUAUUUUUUAACACUGGGAUUGUUUUCUUGCCUUUCACCUUGUGCUCACUCUCCAUCUUUACCGGUUGAACCCACAGAUCACAUCUCACGUAUCGUUUCUCAUUUUGCCAACAGAAUAAAACUCGAGCAGCAGCUUGAGCUGUUUGUGCAGCUGGAGCCAAAACGUCCUAAGAUCCUUAUCAACGUCCUAGAAUUACUUCCUCAAAGUCUGUAACAGUAAAAACUUAUAAAUCUCCAGAUUCACUCACAUCAAUCAACUCAGCAAUAACUUCAGAUCCUCUCCUGAGCUCCUCUGUCGAUGAGUUCAGGGGCUCAGACGCUUUCCAGACUCCAAACUCCAGAUUUAGACCAAAGCGACUUGGCGAGCUGCCGGGGUCGUGACCUUGAAACCUUCCCAGAGCGACUGCGUCACGGUGCCUAGUCGAGUCUGAAGGGAUUCAGAAAUUGCCAAAUUCACUUGUUUCCAUUUGAUGCAGAAUAUUAUCUGUAGACACAGUAAAACGUUUCAGAGCAAGGAAGUGGCAACAAGGAAACUUUUAACUUAGUAAAUAAUAACAAAAUAAUGAAAACCUGCCACUUUACUCUUUGUUUGUUUUAAUCGUUCAGUCGAUAAUGGGUCCAUGAUUUAUGAUUUGAC